UUAAGGCGUCUGUUUUGUAUGGUCUUGCUAACCUUAUCACGUUGAUACUUUAUAAUGUCGCACAAAUUGCUAAGAUUAACUGUAAAAAAUUAAGAUAAAAAAAAGAGUAAAUGCGCUUGGUCACUUAGUUUUAAAUGUUUCAGUAAAGCUUUUAGAGAAAAACAGCAAAAUGUUAAGAGAUUAGUCCGGCUGAAUAAACGCAUCUCUAUUUCCUUUCUUUAACUUCGGCUUUGAGUGAAACUAACCAAUCCGAGCUCACGGACCGCUUGAUUGACAGGCGCUGUGUGUGUGAGCGUGUUCGUGGCGCGCACAGAUUCAAGACAGAGGUGUACUGUACUGCAUAAUGUGAGUGUGAGCUGUGGUGCAUUUGUCAGUCAGACUGGUAAAUGUAUAGCAACUGGUGUCCGUGAAGCAGUUCUCUCUCACACUGUCUGAACGCACACACAUAAUGCUGGAGUUGUUCUGGCGCGUCAGUUUAAUGUUUCCUCUGGGAGUUCAACACUCGCGCGGACACGCUCCCAGCUGUCAAAACACGGACUUGAAUAGAUAAACACUAUCAAAAACACGCUUUCAGUCUUUUCCCGCUCAAAAUUCAAUACAUGUCGCUGUUUGCAGCGGGAUAAAGAGCUCCGCUGUUUUUGUAGUCUAAUGAAGUCGGGUUUGUUAUGUAGGUCAGGCUAGGCUUAAGCAGCUUUACUGAACCUGCGUCAGCUUAAGCUAAAAGGAAUUCCAACAAAGCCCUCCCCGGGUAGGCGUGGGCCUAAUCGAGGCUGGCCUAGUUAAGCCUGAUUCUUUUUUUUAUGUCUGUGUGCUUGAGAGCCAGUUUGUGCAUGUGUGUUGCUUAACCAAGACGAGCAGUGAAGCAGCCUGCUCACAAAAGUGAAUAGAGAAAGACUGAUACACAGCACAGGGAACAGAGGAGAAGGAGAUCAAACCUAGAGCACUGAGACAAGCCUAAAGGCAUGAUGUCUACCUUAUUCAUGUCAAACAGCAUGGUCGGCAAGGCCCGCUCCUCCAACUUCACCCUCUCUGAGAAACUGGAUCUUCUGCGGCUGGUCCAGCCUCACAUACGCAUUCUGGAGGAGCACACCAACAAGCACGCUGUGAUUGUGGAUAAGAACCGGUGCUGGGACAGCAUAGCAGAAAGCUAUAAUGGUUUCGGAGGCGAGAGGCCCCCUAGAACAGCUCAGGGCCUCCGGACCCUCUAUAAGCGACUUAAAGAAAGUGCCAAGCAGGAAGUUCUUCAGCGAAGCCACGCCCAACCCGAGUACCGGAGCAGCAUCUCAGAGCCAACCAAGCGCAUCAUGGAAAUGAUACCUCAACUGUUUCACGUGGGGGACAAAGAGCCGAACACACUCCACAGGCUUCAGUUCAAGAGGAAUUCUCCUGUAGAGCAGCCAGGCAGCAGUUUGUCCCUCCCAGCAUUGUCGGACUAUCUGACUGUUGCGGCUGUGAGGGUGGAGACUGAAGAGGAUGUGAAACCACCUCCUGAUAUUCACCUGAUCGCAUCCCACAGUUCACCUGUCACCAUCGCCACACCAAGCAGUCAGGCCCACCACGGACAGAACGAGAGGGAAAAUGAAGUAGUGGAAGAAGAGGAAGAUGAGGAGGAGGAAUUAGCCUCCCAUGUGUAUGCGGCCUCUCUGUCUCCAUGCCCCUCUUCCAUACACCUGCCACCCUCGCCGUCGGGACACGGCCCCAGGAGGAGCGCAUAUCAGAGGGGGAGGGCAAUGUUCAGGAAUCCCGUUUUUGAGGCAGAAGCUCUGCAGAUGAUGCGAGAGGAGCAUGAGCUGCUUCUGGCCAAUCACAGAAAGCUUGGAUUAUAUCUAGAGGAGAAGAGGGAGGGGCUUAAGAGAAAGCAACAGUUGGAGGAGGAGCUACUCCGGUCAAGGGUCAAAGUAGAGAAACUGAGGGCGGCCAGGCUACGCCAAGGAUUACCAUUAAUGUGACACGUAUGGUGUCACGUCUGAAAGUCUAUCACGAGGGAACUCUGUAAUGUAAAAAUCAACAGGCUUGUUUGUAUAUUUAUUUCUUGUUUUUGUAUUUGAUCAACAUUUGUAAUCAAAAGGAUUGUUCCUGAUGUUUGUAGCAGGAAUGAACGUUUUUAAUAUGUCUGGUUAAAGAAGAAAAUAUGAUUUUAUUUUGUAUGUAUUCACUAAUAAAUUCAUAAUUGCUUUAAUCUCUGUGUUUUGAGCCUGUCCUUUUUAUUCUUUUUUUGUCACACAGUCAGCGUUACGUAGCAACAGCAAUGAAUGUGAACCUUCCCUGUCAAGCUGUUUUUGAGGACUUCAUUUGGGUGUUUAUCUACAGUAUUAUGCAUGUAUUUCAAGUCAGAAUAAAAUGGAAAUUGCUUGUUUUUCCCCCUUAUUGUGACAUGUCAAAAUAAAGCAG